CUAAGUAAGUAGAAGAUAUGUUCAAAAGAAACAAAACGAAUGCGCGUGUAGAACAGGUGUUUUACUAGAAAUGAGUUUUGGGUUUAGCUAAUGGCUAUUUAUACAUAAAUACACAUUUGGAAGAGGCGGUGAUUAAUUGGAAUUGAAACAAAAACAAGUGGCAUUGAGAAGAACAGAAACAUCAUCAACACAAACACAACAAAAAACAGCCAAAGAGGAAUACCUCAACGGAACUUCCUCGUUUGGCUUUCAGUGUCUGUCUCUCACUCCUUACCACAAAACCCUACGCCUUUACCCCUUGCUUUUAUUUAUCCUUCAACAACGCCCGUUCCUUGUUGCUUCUUGCCAGAAGAGGAUUUGGAUCGGAGCGAGUGUUUUUCACUAUCGAUCUGGUUUCCUUGGAUUUGGAUUUGGAUUGAACUCUAAUAAUGUGGUGUGCGGUGAGAGAUUCCGGUGGCCAUUACUGCCCUAAGAAGACCGAUGAUUUAUGCGGCGACGUUUGUGGCCAGGAGUCAAGUCAAGUAUCGGGCAUGUCAAGAGUGCGCUGCAUUUUACGCGGCGUGGAUGUAAAAACCUGCAUAUUUCUUUUUGCUGUUGUGCCAAUGUGCAUCUUUGGAAUAUACUUGCAUGGACAGAAAAUCUCCUACUUCCUGCGGCCACUAUGGGAGAAACCACCCAAGCCUUUCCAUGUCAUUCCACAUUACUACAACGAAAAUGUGUCGAUGGAGAAUCUCUGCAGACUUCACGGCUGGGGAGUCCGUGAGUUCCCGAGACGUGUGUAUGACGCUGUGUUGUUCAGUAACGAAUUGGAAAUACUAAACUUGCGCUGGAGAGAGUUGUAUCCUUACAUAACACAGUUUGUUCUCCUUGAGUCAAAUUCCACAUUUACUGGUAGGCCAAAACCUUUUGUCUUCAAAGGCAACCGGGAGCAGUUCAAAUUUGUGGAGUCUCGGUUAACUUAUGGAACUAUUGGUGGGAGGUUUAAGAAAGGAGAAAACCCGUUUGUUGAGGAGGCGUAUCAGCGAGUGGCAUUGGACCAACUCCUUAAGAUAGCUGGUAUUACAGAUGAUGACUUGUUGAUUAUGUCAGAUGUUGACGAGAUUCCGAGUGCUCACACUAUUAACCUCUUGAGGUGGUGUGACGACGUGCCUUCAGUCCUUCAUCUUCAGCUGAAGAACUAUCUAUACUCCUUUGAGUUUCUCAUGGAUGAUGGCAGCUGGAGAGCUUCUGUUCACAGAUAUCAGAGUGGUAAGACUAGGUAUGCACAUUACCGCCAGUCCGAUAACUUAUUGGCGGAUGCUGGUUGGCAUUGCAGCUUUUGCUUCCGCCAUAUCAGCGAUUUCAUCUUUAAGAUGAAAGCGUACAGUCAUAACGACAGAGUCAGAUUCUCCCAUUAUUUAAAUCCCAAGAGAAUUCAAGAUGUAAUCUGCAAAGGGGCUGAUUUAUUUGAUAUGCUACCAGAGGAAUACACUUUCAAGGAAAUCAUUGGUAAAAUGGGACCAAUACCCCAUUCCUAUUCUGCAGUUCAUCUUCCUGCUUAUCUACUGGAAAAUGCACAGAAGUACAAAUUUCUGUUGCCUGGGAAUUGCUUGAGAGAGUCCAGAUGAUCAAGGAGAGGUUAUUUAUGGCACAGUUUUAUUGUGCAGCUUGAGCUGCUCAUUGUGGUUUUAACUGGGAUUUUGAUUACUGUUUUGUCACUCGUACUGGUAUUUCAAAAUCCAGUAAGAUAUUAUUUUGUCAGAAUUUCGUUCAUUUAGGACAAAUUCUUUGAUCAUGGGGACAAUUCUGUACAUAAUUUAGACUUGGACUUCUUUCAAGGGGAGCAGCAUCUUUAUCUAUUGAGCUUUUAGAAUACAAUGUUUCUCUCAGUCAUGAUGAGGUUGUGUUUAUUUUGGAUUAGUGUGGCUGAUUGAUCCCCAGAUACAUAGUAGUUUAAAGUUCCCAACCUUACCUUUUCCCGUUAGGGAAGUUUUGUGUUGCAUAUAAAUUUAUUCUCUUUCUGCUCUACUUUGAUGUUGAA